UCUUCAUGGGUGGGAAGAAGUGGGGUGACUUUGGGGCUGAGCCUCAGCAUCCAGGAGGGUUUAUAAGCUGAGGCACCAGGCCCCUCAGCACCACAGCUCUUCCUUCUCAUCCUUUGCUCCUGAGGCUCCAGCUCUUCAGCAGCAUGGCCUUCACUGGCAAGUACGAGAUUGAGAGUGAGAAGAACUAUGAUGACUUCAUGAAGCGCCUGGGGCUCUCCAGCGACACGAUUGAAAAGGGCCGCAAUUUCAAGGUCAUCUCGGAGAUACAGCAGGACGGGCAGAACUUCAUCUGGUCCCAGCACUACCCUGGGGGCCACUCCAUUUCCAACAAUUUCACCGUUGGCAAGGAGACCGAGAUGGAGACCGUGGGAAACAAGAAGUUCAAGGUCACCGUGAAGAUGGAGGGUGGGAAGGUGGUCGUGGACUCCGCCAACUACCACCACACUGCAGAGAUUGUGGAUGGCAAGCUGGUGGAGGUCUCCACCCUUGGAGGCGUGACCUACGAGCGCGUGAGCAAGAAGGUGGCCUGAGCAGGCCUGAGUUGGCGGGUAGGGCUCCGCGGGGGCCAUAAAGCCAUAUCAAUAAAGCUGGUCUAACAAGACUUUUUGCUCAUUCCAGAACCUCUCUUUGUUCUCUAGUGUCUUGGGGCAGUUCUGGCUGGUGGAGAUGGGAAACCCCUGCAGAUGGCUGUGCAGGCCACACCUUGGCCCUGAGGUCCCUGUGGGCCCCAUGUCACCACAGAGACUUGGGGUGUGGACAGGUGUGGACCUAAGACCCCUGGCCCCAGAGAAAGGGCACAGAUGGUGCUCGAGAGGCAUGGUGGGCACAUCUCUGUGGUCCCUGCCGCUACCUGCCACCCACACUCAGGGUGGAGAGAUCACUCUUUCUCAAGAGACAAAUGUCCCCCGGGAGGGGUGACACACUGACUCUCAGAUGGGCCACAAGAAAGUGUAUCAGAAGCAGGGGGCAGGACUGGUGAUUCCCUGGCAGGACUCGCUGCUGCUGGGCGCCGAGGCUGCACAGACGCUGGGAUGGAUGCACCAGCCAGGAGCAGUGCUUCAGCAUGGCUGGGGUCUCUGCUCAUUCACUGCGGAGUCCUUCCUUUGGGCCUCAGUUUACCCACUGGUACAAGAGAGGGCCAGGAGGACCAGUGAGGGACUGAGGAGAAAUGGGAGUCAUGAGAUGACAAAGGGGUUAUGGGUGUGCCAGGCAGGAACUGAAACGUCAUGGAUUGAACUAGCAGGGCUUGGAUGGGGGGCCAGGGAGGAACUUGGAGAGGCUGCAGUGGGAUGGGAAAGGUGAUCAGAAAGGUCACUCUGACCCUCAGGUAGGUGCCUGGACCUCUGCAUCAGGGAGGAUUCCAAGGCCGCACCUGGACUGAGCAAAUGUCCCUGCCUGAUCGCGGUGUCUGUUCAGGGCAUGGAGAGGAGGAGAGGGGUCUGCCUGCCCCUCGGAUAGAUCAUCCCUAACCUCGAAUGGGAUUUUUUCAUUCUCAUCUUCCCUCGGUGCCACCCUGAGUUGUUCUCCCUUUUAAUUGGCUAUGCCACACUGCACACAGGAUCCUCAGCUCUGGGGAUCAAACGUGCGCCCCCCUGCUGUGGAAGUGCGGAGUCUUAACCAGUGGACCGCCAGAAAAGUGCUUCACCCUGACUUCUUUUUACCCCAUACUUUUCUCCAGGACAAUUCUUUUGUUUUUACUACAAAGGAAACUUUAUAUCACUUUCAUACAUGGAAAGCCAUCAUCAUUUUCCAUAAAUAGAUUUAAACUAUUUUAAAAAGUCAAAGCUGAACAAUAUUGACUUUGAGCUGGAUUCUGUUGUCAAAGCUGUGAGCCUUAGGCCUCCCUCUGUGAAAAGGGAAAGAGCCGUACAAUAGCCAGUAGCACCAAACAGGAAACUCUCUCCUUCCCUCAUCAAAAUGCCUGCAGGACUCCACGACAAGAGAAGAAUGCACCCUCCUUAAGAACUGAAUGAUCUAAGUGUCCAUCAGUGGAUGAAUG